UACUCAGAGCCGGAGAGCUUGGCUGGAAAAGUCACAAGGGCUCUGUGCGACUCCAAGGAAUCAGCAGCCUGAGCCUUGGCACUGGGACUGUGUUUUUAUAGGCGUUCCUGUGCCUUCUGCCACUUUCUUUCCUGCCUGCUAUUUUAGGAGAAAGGGAUGCAGGAUUGCACCUUGCACUCUAACAGCUUGCUGGGCAAAAACAAAGAAGUCAGCUCCCAAAUAAGCCUCUUUCAAGCCUUUCUUUUCUUCUAAACCAACAGUCUGCUGUGUAGAAUGUGUGGCUGCCGGUGGACUCAAUUGAUGGGGGUCUGUCUGAUCCUGCUCUGCAGUCUCUCCUUCGCUCUCUCUCUGGGGAACUUCUCAGCACUUAGCGGGCAGGAAGAUGGCCAGUCCUCAAACAGCCUGGAAGAAGACUCUGAUGUAACAGCGUACUGGUGGGGGGAGUGGGCCAAGUGGACAGCCUGCACUCGCACCUGUGGAGGAGGGGUCAAGUUCCAAGAGCGGCACUGCCUCAAACAAAGCAGGAGGAAGACGGCUGUUGGAAAGGACAAUAUGACCUGCACUGGCACAUCCAAGAGGUAUCACCUCUGUGACAUACAGGAAUGCCCCCCUUCAGGACGGAGUUUCAGAGAGGAGCAGUGUUCAUCUUUCAACUCCCAAGUGUACAAUGGCAGGAACUAUCAGUGGAAACCAUUGUAUCCAGAUGACUACGUCCACAUCUCCAGCAAGCCGUGUGAUCUGCAUUGCACUACGGUGGACGGGCAGAGACAGCUGAUGGUGCCAGCACGGGACGGGACGUCCUGCAAGUACAGCGACUACAGAGGGGUCUGCGUCAACGGCAGGUGUGAGCCCAUUGGAUGUGAUGGAGUGCUGUUCUCCACCCACACACUGGACAAGUGUGGCGUGUGUCAGGGGAACGGGAGCAGCUGCAUAAGGGUCACAGGGAACUUCAGGAAAGGAACGUCACAACUGGGUUACUCCUUUAUAACUGAGAUCCCAGAGGGCUCCCGGGACAUCCAGAUCAUUGAGAGGAAGAAGUCUGCUGAUAUUUUGGCUGUCACAGAUCUGGCUGGGAGAUUCUUCUUCAAUGGAGACUACAAGGUCGACAGCCCCCAGAACUUCCACGCAGCCGGGACCACGUUCAAGUACAGGAGGCCCAUGGAUGUGUACGAGACUGGGAUCGAGUACAUUGUCGCUCAAGGGCCUAUUGAUCAGGCGAUUAAUGUUCUGGUGUGGAAUCAGAAUGGCAGGAGCCCCUACAUCACUUACGAAUACACCGUGCUAAGAGACCCUCGCUCUGCCGCCCUGCAGACCCUCCUCUACCCGGGAACUGAGAGUCGAGGCACAGGGGGCAAGACCAGGGGCCCCAUUUCCAUGGAGACCGACAGCCUGCAUCCACACAAUGGCAGCAUGUAUGCUAAAGCAGCAAAGGAUACAGUUGGAAACGGAAACCAGGUGCUAGAGAAGGAGUCCACAGCAGGGGGUGCUGUUGGGAGCAAAGGCCAGGAAACCAAUGAAGUUUAUGAAGAGACAGCUGCUAUAGACUGUGAGUCAGGGGUCCAGGCAAGGCAGCGGUAUACAGAACUGAACGCCAGCAGACCGAACAGCGUGGGAGAUCACAUCUUCACUUCUGUCGCUAUAGUUUCCAAGUCAGCCUCAGAGGAACUGGUGCCGGAUUCUGAAAAUCUGAUCCGGAACAGUCUGCUGGGGGGUGCGGUCGGCUCAGAGGAGCUGGUGGUGAACAUGACGACAAACCGGCUGUUUGCUAAGGGGGAGCCGCUCUACUCCACUGAGGUGGGCCGUCUGGACCCCGACUAUGACAGCAGCGAGCACACUGCCCCCCUCAGCUUGAACGGGACAGUGCAGCUGGCUGUGACCCGGCGCAUUAACGGCACAGGAGGCUUUUUGUUUUCAAACCGAUCCGGAAACCCCAUGAGCAAUCGCACACACAAAGCCAGAAACCGUCUUAAGUUGCCGCGGAAAGGCCAGGGAAUGAGUGCGGCGGACAUGUAUAGAUGGAAGCUGUCCUCACAGGAGCCCUGCAGCUCCACCUGUGCUAUAGGGGUGGCAGCUUCCUACGCCAUGUGUGUGCGUUACGAUGGGACCGAGGUAGACGAGACGUACUGUGAUUCCCUGACCCGGCCAGAGCCUGUCCAUGACUUCUGUAUUGGGAGAGAAUGCCAGCCCAGAUGGGAGGCGAGCAGUUGGAGCGAGUGUUCACGGACCUGCGGAGAGGGCUUUCAGUUUCGGAUGGUGCGCUGCUGGAAGAUGCUGUCGCCCGGCCUGGACAGCUCGGUGUACAGUGAACUGUGUGAGCAGGCAGAGCUGGAGCGGCCCUCCGACCGACGCGCCUGCAAGAACCCAGCCUGCGGGCCACAGUGGGAGGUGGCAGAGUGGUCUGAGUGCCCUGCGAAGUGUGGAGAGAGAGGCACUGUGACCCGGGAAGUCAGGUGCUCAGAGGAUGAAGGGUCAUGUGAUGCGUCGAGCCGGCAGCCAGAUGCCAAAAACUGCACGGGGCCCCCUUGUGACCGGCAGUGGACUGUCUCCGAGUGGGGGCCAUGCUCAGGCUCCUGUGGCCAGGGGAAGAUGAUCCGUCAUGUUUACUGUAAGACAGCAGAUGGCAGGGUGGUGCCAGAGUCCCAGUGUAGUCUGGAGAACAAGCCUCUGGCCAUCCAUCCCUGUGGGGAGAAGGACUGCCCUGCAAACUGGCUGGCACAGGACUGGGAGAGGUGCAACACCACCUGUGGGCGUGGAGUGAAGAGGCGUGUUGUUCUGUGCAUGGGGAUCGCGAAGGGCAAAACCAAGCACUACGGAGCAGAGGACUGCGAUGUCACCAAAAAGCCUGCUGAGGAGAGCACCUGCUUCGAGAGACCCUGCUUCAAAUGGUACACCACCCCCUGGUCUGAGUGCACGAAGACCUGUGGAGUGGGAGUGCGACUGAGGGAUGUCAAGUGUUAUCAGGGCAGGGAGAUAGUCAGAGGGUGCGACCCGCUCACAAAGCCUGUCGCCAAGCAAGCCUGUGACCUCCAGCCCUGUCCCACCAAACCACCAGAUGAGAACUGCCAGGACCAGCCCAGCACAAACUGCUCCUUGGCUCUGAAGGUGAAUCUGUGUGGGCACUGGUACUACAGUAAGGCCUGUUGCCGGUCUUGUCGAGCUACGCUGUCUUAACGCAGCCUGGGGGUGGGGGUGGGGUUGAGGUGAAGGCAGGGAUGAAGGAGCCUUCGUCUAUCCACCUGAAAUGGACCUCUCAUUGGGUGUGUUCACAACGCUGCUGCACAGUACCGGUAAACAGUUUUAGCUCUUGACGUGUUCAUCCAGCAUCCCCUCCAAAGGGUGUCAACACUGAACGAGUCGUGAGGUCUGGAAUGUGGAAAUCACUUUACACACACCCUCACCAGCUGCAAGACCAGCCUGACCAGGUGCUCUUGUUCCUCCAGACUCCAGAUCAGUGGUGAGGGACUAUGGUGCUGACCUGGAGGGCUAGGGAACAGUGUGUUUAUAUGGGGUUGCCGUCUACACCGAACUCUGAUCAUGUUGUCCCUAACUAAAAGGUGCCACUCAGCACUAAUACUAAUGUAACUAAAGCCAGUAGUCACGAUCAAUAACUACUACAUUUAAUACUUAUAAGUAUUGAGUAGAAGUGGAUAAAUAGUACAGCACAUUUACUAAUAUAUAAGUAAUUCAAGUAGUACUCGCAUACAAUAUAGUCUGGUUAGUACUAUGCAUGGUUUAUUAAGCAUCCCUGUAAGGGGAGCUUAUUUGUUUUUGUAAAUCCACCAUUUUUUUAAACAGGACAUAUCUCAGACUCCAUUUGAGAUACAGACGCAUGUUUUCAGGGAUACAUAAAGACAGAAUACUUGACAAAACCAUUGCCAUAUUGAGUUCAUGACUUGCAAGCAUUUUUGCCAAAGAAUUUAGGGGAUAUUUGACCAAUCGCAUACUGUACAUUCAGUACUCAAUAUAUACUAUACAUAUUUUCUUAGGUACAAUUAAUUUAAGCAGUAGAAAUGUACCAACUAAUCAGAAAAUAAAUAGUACCCUUUGGUAAGAGAUGAGUGGUUCUUUGUGCAUUUUUUAUUGCGACA